AAGGAUGUGAAGCUGGUAUCAAAACGAGCACAUUUUGUCUCAUUAUGGCUCAGCCGGCGGAGAAAGCGUAUUACCGCUUCAUGGUGCUCUUCUUUAACUGCCUGCUGACUUUCGGCUCCUACUUCUGCUUCGACAUCCCCAGCGUCCUGCAGGAUCAGUUUCAAGGGAACCUCACAUGUCCCAAUGCAACCGUGAUCAAUGGGACGGUGGAGUGUGUGGAGGGGCUGGGGAUGAGUCCCCAGCAGUACAACCUCCUCUACGCCAUCUAUGCUUGGACAAAUGCGGUGGUGGUGAUUCUGGCCGGAUUCCUGAUCGACAAAUUGGGAAACCGAUUCGGCGUGUUUCUCUUCUCCUUCCUGUGUGUUCUCGGCUCGUCGCUCUUCGCCCUGGGUUCCCACUUCAGAGGAACUCCCUACCUCCUUCCGCUCAUGCUCACCGGCCGCUUGCUCUUCGGCUCAGGCAACGGAUCUUUGACCAUCGUACAGAACCGCAUCACGGCCUUCUGGUUCAAAGGGAAGGAGCUGGCUCUGGCGUUCGGCCUCACCCUGGCCUUCUCCCGUCUGGGUUCGGUGCUGAACUUCUUCCUCACCCAGAAGUUUGAGGACAGAUACGGCAUGCAGUGGACUCUGUGGGGGGGGGCGCUGCUGUGCGUGCUCGGCUUCGUUUCUGCCAUCGUGGUGAGCGCCCUGGACAAGAUCGGGAUGAGACAGCUGGGCCUCGACGGAGCCAUCCGGGAGGAGUCCCGCAAAGUGCGGGUUCAGGAUGUGAAGCUGCUGUCGCUCCGCUACUGGCUGCUGGUCCUCACCAUCAUGUUCUUCUACAACGGCAUCUUCCCCUUCAUCGCCGACGCCAGCAAGUUCAUCCAGGAUAAAUACGCCGACUACAGUCAGAAGGAGGCAGCCUACGUGGCGGGGGCCGUGUACGACAGCUCGCUGGUCCUCUCCGCCUGUGUGGGCAUCCUCAUAGAUUAUGUGGGACUCCGAGGCGUUUUCGCCGUGGCCUGUGCCGUCUGCACGCUGCCCGUCUUUGGACUCCUGGCCUUCACCUUCGUCCCUCCUCUGGUCUCCACCAUAUGGCUCGGUGUCACGUACUCCUUCGCUGCUGCCAGCAUGUGGCCCUCCAUCCCCCUGGUGGUGCCUCAGGCCACGCUGGGCACCGCCAUGGGCCUGGCCUCCUCCAUACAUAUGGUCGGGAUCGGCGUGUCCAACCUGAUCGUUGGACAGAUCCUGGGCACCGAGUCGAGCGAGGCUAAGAUCCCGCUGUGGCGCUGGCAGAGGAUGAUGAUCUUUAUGUUGGCCAACACCGUCUGCUGCAUCGUGAUGUCCGUGUUGCUCAACGUCGCUGACCACAGACAGGGCGGCACUCUGAACAAGACCACCAAGAGGUCGGAGCAGGCAGAGGGAGACUCGGAGCGAGAGCCGCUCCACCGGGAGGAGAAAGAGGAGGAGGAGGAGCAAAACGGGCGUAAAAGCUCCGAUGUGCCGUCUCAGUCUAUCAAUUCAUGAGCUUCUCUCAAACACUAAGUCUCAGAAUUACAACCUGCAACCCGCUGUGCCUCAAAUUACAGCCAAUAAGUGAAACUGUUAUUUUUCUCACACCAGUCGAUGCACCGGUGUUGCAGAAAUGAUCAUUCUGUGGAGUAUUGUGCAAUUCUUUUUUUACUUGUUUUAAUUUUCAGAAAAAGUAUUGAGACUUGUUUUUAACUUUAUGACGUUUUUUUAACUGUCAGUAUGGAUUUAAAGGGACGCUCGUUCGUUUUCAUUUAAAUGAAAGAGAAGAGUUGUUGAUCUCUUUAAUAACGUUUUUAGACUAAAAUCAAGUUGUUUGUGACAUUUGCUGCCAACUCUUCCCCCACAUCAGGUUUUUUACAUUUAGUUCUUAUUUUUUUAGGAAUUUUCCAUUUAGGGGUUUUAAACAGGCUCAAUUCUCUGCAAUGUGCAACGUAGCCACCAGAUGGCACUAUUUCUUUAAGAAAUAACUAUUUAAUCUGGUAAAGUUUGGAUUUUUCCCUUUUAAAUCUGUCACAAAUUGCUAAAGUGAAACCAGCUUUGUAAAGAAAUAAUGGACAUUAUUAUAAAAAUCCAGAAUCUAA